AAAUAAAAAAAAAAAAAAAAGAGGAAUGGAGAAGGUUCCUCCCGUCGUCUUCUUUCUGAGAAUUUAUUUGCUUUUCCCUAGAGAGUGCAAAAGUGAGUUCAAACAAAGCAGUUAGUUUCCUCGGCCCCUUUACCUGCGAUCGGAUCCCUUCCCUUCUACCAUCUAUUUCUUCGCUCUCCUUCGACUUUUCUCUCUCUGGUCCCUGUUGGAUUGGUGCGCUUCGUGUUAGGGUUUAUACGCCGUACCGACGGUAAACGAUAUGAAGCCGAUACGGCUUCCAGAGCCUCCGAGCCCAACCUCCCGCGGUGUUCCUGAUAUCUUCGAAGUCGGCUUCCUCGGCGCCUUCAUCCGCCGAGCCGUCGUCAUCGGUAACGGCUCCCCGUCCUCCGAGAAUCAGAGCUUGGGCUUGGUUCGCGCCCUUGGACUCGCAGACAAACAUGUCUUAUACAGGGUUACGAGACCAAAAGGAGGAAUAAAUGAGUGGCUUCACUGGUUGCCAGUCUCGUUUCACAAGAUAUUAUAUUAUCUCAUAAAGCAGAUAAUUUUAUUGACGUCGCGCAGGAAGAAACUUAGUCCUCUACCUUCAGAAAAUGGCGGCCACGGCCUAGGCUUGGCAUCUGUUUUAGAAGCUGAUGUGAAGCACAUUGUGGGCAUGGCUCGUGACACUUUCGAAAAGGAUGGACCUUUGUUGGUGGUUGCUUCUGGCAGAGACACAAUAUCUAUUGCAAGUUCCAUAAGACGUUUAGCAUCACAAAAUGUUUUUGUCGUUCAGAUACAACAUCCAAGGUCAAAUUUGAAUAGGUUUGACUUAGUGAUUACCCCUCAACAUGAUUAUUAUCCUUUGACUCCUCAUGCACAGCAGCAGAUUCCUCAGUUUCUUCGUAGGUGGAUAACUCCACGUGAACCCCCUGAUAGGCAUGUGGUCCUCACCAUAGGAGCUCUCCAUCAAAUAGAUUCUGCUGCUCUUCGUAGUGCAGCCAGCGCAUGGCAUGAUGAGUUUGCACCUUUACCAAAACCCCUGCUAGUGGUCAACAUUGGAGGACCUACACGCAACUGUCGAUACGGUGCGGAUCUUGCGAGGCAGUUAUCAACCUUUCUGCUCAGUGUUCUUGCAAGCUGUGGGAGUGUCAGAAUAUCUUUUUCGGAUAGGACUCCUGAAAAGGUAUCUUACAUCAUAGCAAAGGAACUUGGUAAUAAUCCAAAUGUUUACAUCUGGGAUGGUCUGGAACCAAACCCGCAGAUGGGGCAUCUAGCAUGGGCUGAUGCUUUUGUUGUUACAGCAGAUUCAGUCAGUCUGAUAAGUGAGGCUUGCAGCACUGGGAAGCCUGUAUAUGUAAUGGGAGCUGAGCGCUGUACAUGGAAAUUAUCAGAGUUUCACAAAUCUUUGAGGGAACGAGGAGUGGUUCGGCCAUUUACAGGAUCUGAGGAUAUGUCAGAGACUUGGAGCUAUCCGCCUCUUAAUGACACUGCAGAAGCAGCAAGGCGGGUGAACGAAGCACUUGCUGAGCGUGGAUGGAGGUUGCGAUUAUAGAAACCUGUGAAUAAUUAUUGUUGUAAGCAUCCCCAUUCAAUUGUUUGUUUAAGAAGGCGUGGCCAUUGAAAAAUCGGGUUUCUUCAUUAGCACUUAGGAACUACAGAUAGCAACGAGCGUUCAUAUAGCUUUUCAGUAUAUGAUUCUUUCUCCCGUGGAAUAUUGCACACGUAGAAAAAUAAAAGCUUGCUGUCAUUUUUGCGGCUUGUAAAAUAGGAAGAGGCGCAGACAUGUCUUUUGCAGCUCUACUAAAAGCUCUAUUGAAUAUAUGGUUUUGGUUACUAGAUAUAUGUUGUGCUGACAAUACUACUGUAAAUUGAAGUGCCAUAUGCACUUCCAACAUAUUUUUAUAUAUAAUUGCUUUUGCAGAUCAGCUUUCAUGAA